AUGCAUCAAGGAGGGACUCCGGUGAGGAUCUCAUCCUUCAACACUGUCGAUGACUCUAACCUUGUUGAUAUCAGAAUCAACCGUGUCUUGAGGCGCCAGGCACGCAUCUCGCCUGAUAUCGACUUGGUGUACAAGCAAUGGGUCAUCCCGAAGGGUACCGCGGUCGGUAUCUCGGCACACACGAUGCACAUGGACCCAGGGGUAUUCCCAGAGCCCUGCAAGUUCCUUCCAGAGCGCUGGCUUGGAUCAUAUGAUCCCCGAAUGAGUCGCAACUUCGUGCCCUUUUCGAAGGGGUCCCGAGCCUGCUGGGGAAAGCAGCUCGCGUGGUCCGAGAUGUUCAUCGUUCUGGGAACAUUGUUCAGGCCUAACGGGUCCAAGAUGACAGCCGCCGACUGUGACGAGUCGGACGUCGUGCCGACCCGAAGUUGCGAGAUUGGCCUCCCCAAGAAGGACUACAAGGGUCUCCGCGUGACACUGGGCUAG